AUGGCCUUCGUCCACUCCUCUUCUUUCACCUCCUCUCCUUUUCGCGCUUUCCCCAACCUCAAAACGCCGUCGUUUCUCUCACGCUCCACCUUCCCUCUCCACAACCUCCUCACUCGCCGCCGCUCCUCACUCACAGCCUCCGAUGUCUCCUUCACCUGGGACGACGCCUUCUGGAUUUCCCAGCCGGAAGCCCUCCCCGACGACCCUUCCGAUCUCAGAGGCUACUCCGACAGGAUCAAAGCCUGCAACCGCGGAGUCGAAAUGCAAUCGGAGUUUCGUCCGUUCGUGAUUGAGGACCAAAUCGUCGGUUACAUUCACAACCGGUUUGCUGAGAAUUUACGGAGUUACCGUGACGUUUUUACUUUUCUACCGGGGAAAGUAACUCUGCAUUCUUCGCUGAGCUCAGCGGAGGAUAGGACUAGAGCUGUUGGGGAUGUAAUUAAGAGCUUAGGGGAAGAAUCGAUUCCAGGUAUAAGAAAUGAGUUGUACCCGGUGACUUCGGCUUUUGGGGCUCCGGUAUAUUUCUCUCUUGAACGUGCAGCUGCUCCUUACUUUGGAAUAAAGGCUUAUGGAAUUCAUAUGUGUGGCUAUGUUGAGAAAGACGGGAAGAAAUUUCUAUGGUUAGCAAAGAGAAGUCAACAGAAACCUACCUAUCCUGGGAUGCUUGAUCAUCUUGUAGCUGGUGGACUGCCUCAUGGGGUAGCGUGUGGGGACAAUGUUGUAAAGGAAUGUGAAGAGGAAGCUGGAAUACCAAGCUCCAUUUCUAGGGGUGCUGUACCAGUUGGUGCUGUUUCAUAUAUGGACAUUAAUGGGUAUAGCUACAAAAGGGAUGUCUUGUUUUGCUAUGAUUUAAAACUCCCUGAGAGUUUCAUGCCUGAGAAUCAAGAUGGAGAGGUGGAGAGCUUCAAGUUGAUCCCUGUGACUCAUGUUGCAAACAUCAUCCGGAGGACACAGUUUUUCAAGCCAAAUUGUUCACUUGUCAUCAUUGAUUUCCUGUUUCGACAUGGGUAUAUUAGUCCCGAAUGCUUCGGAUAUCUGGAUUUAUUACAAAGUUUGAGAAGCGGGAGUUGUUCCUAAUAUAAAUUUUUAUUGUACUUUACCCGUAGAGGCUAUCUUAAAAUCUGGGAGAGUGAGACAUUGCUUGGAAGAACACUAAUGUUCAAACGUUGAUAUUCCUGUUUUUCUCGUUUUACUGGCAAAGCAUAAAAAACCGAACACUAGUGUCUCCCGAGACUGGAAAAGUGAGGCUACAGUUUUUUUGUUUGUAUGUAAUGGAAAUUCUCCAUUUGCAAGGUUUUGAUAAUUAAGACUGGCGAAUUCAGUCCUCUGACCUCAUCGAUGGAAAUAGCAGACAUUGGUAAAUUCGAUUUCCCUUCACAUGUUGCUGCUAGGGUCUUAUGCAUCCCCUUAAGUCGAAGGCCUAGUCCGGACGGAUUGGCAUGGAGUUUAGAGAAGAAGGUUUCUACUCUGUCAAGUCUUCGUAUUGAGUAGCAAGGGAUCAAGUAUUGCAAACUGUGCUGACGUCUACAUCACAGGGUGACCCCUUCAAGUUACUCUGGUAGAAACUACGAAAGGAAGAGAGUUUGCAAAGCUGUUAAUGCGAAACUGGGCAAUAUGGAAGAACCACAUCAAUGUGGUAUGGAAUGGUGAAGGGCAGACAGCACAGGACAUCGUAUAGAGAACCAUGGCAUGGCUCACUGAGUUCCAAAAAG